CCUCUGGGAAGGAAAGAGUGCAAACCACGCAGGCUGGAGCCGGAGCGUAAUUGCGCCCGUUUGCGUCGUCUGAACGGGGGAAGACGUGAUGUCACCUGGUUGUCUCUUCUUCUUCUUCUUCUUCUUCUUCGCUUGGACUGUUUGUUGCAAAAAUUGACAUUUUUUUAAUUUUUUUUUUUUUAUAUCUGCUGCGGUUUUGCUCUUUCCGCCCUCCGCGCGCCUUUCUCGCCAGACAAGGUGCGUUUUGACAGCUCGUCGACUCCUUUCCACAUGUCGCAUCUUUUGUUCACUUUGAGAAGCGGGAGCGCGACAAAAGUGAAAUAGUGCGCGCCAGGAGGAGUUGGAGCGAAAGAGAGAAAGCGCGCCCGCGCCAGGGAGAGAGAGAGGUGCGUUUUGAUGUUCGGCAUCCACGACAGCAUCCACAGGAGUGGGAGUAGUAUGAAAGAAGAGCCCAUGGUGGCCGGCAUGAACGCGGUUCGGACAUGGAUGCAAGGCGCCGGGGUGCUGGACGCCAACACAGCCGCGCAGAGCGGAGUGGGUCUGGCCCGGGCACACUUCGAGAAGCAGCCGCCCUCCAACCUGCGGAAGUCCAACUUCUUCCACUUCGUGCUGGCUCUGUACGACCGCCAGGGUCAGCCGGUGGAGAUCGAAAGAACCACCUUCAUUGACUUCGUGGAGAAAGAAAAGGAAACGACGGGGGAAAAGACCAACAAUGGGAUCCAUUAUAGACUUCAGCUCCUCUACAGCAACGGCAUCAGGACAGAACAAGAUUUGUAUGUUCGGCUUAUCGACUCCAUGACCAAACAGGCCAUCAUCUAUGAAGGCCAGGAUAAAAAUCCCGAGAUGUGCCGAGUUCUUCUCACCCACGAAAUCAUGUGCAGUCGGUGCUGUGACAAGAAGAGUUGCGGCAACAGGAACGAGACCCCGUCAGACCCGGUCAUCAUCGACAGGUUCUUCCUUAAGUUCUUCUUGAAGUGCAACCAGAACUGCCUGAAGAAUGCAGGGAACCCUCGAGACAUGAGGCGUUUUCAGGUGGUUGUGUCGACUACGGUGAGCGUGGAGGGUCAUGUCCUGGCCGUGUCUGACAACAUGUUUGUGCACAACAACUCCAAACACGGGCGCCGAGCUCGAAGACUGGACCCUUCGGAAGGCACACCGUCCUAUCUGGAACACGCAACCCCCAGCAUCAAAGCCAUUAGCCCCAGUGAAGGUUGGACCACAGGGGGCGCUACAGUUAUCAUCAUCGGGGACAACUUCUUUGACGGACUGCAGGUCAUUUUCGGCACCAUGUUGGUUUGGAGCGAGCUGAUCACCCCACAUGCCAUCCGAGUACAGACACCACCCAGACACAUCCCCGGGGUGGUGGAGGUCACGCUGUCCUACAAAUCCAAACAGUUCUGCAAAGGCACACCUGGACGCUUCAUCUACACAGCGCUGAACGAGCCGACUAUAGACUACGGCUUCCAGAGGCUACAAAAGGUCAUCCCCAGACACCCCGGAGACCAGGAGAGAUUACCCAAGGAGGUAAUCUUGAAGAGAGCAGCGGACCUGGUUGAAGCCUUGUACGGGAUGCCUCACAAUAACCAGGAGAUGAUCCUCAAACGAGCAGCAGACAUCGCGGAAGCGCUCUAUACGACUGUGCCGCGAGGGCACAACCAGCUCGCCGGGCUUGGUAGUGGACACGCGGGCAUGAUGGCCGUCAACUCCUUCACCGGGUCAGAAGUGGCUCAAACAGCCAAUCAGGGUUUCAGUAGGAGUACAAGCAGUGUGUCUCCUCAUGGUUAUGUCCCCAGCUCCACUCCCCAGCAGAGUAGCUACAGCUCUGUCUCCACUAGCAUGAAUGGCUACGCUAACUCUGGCAUGGCAACCUUGGGCACCUCGCCCAACUUCCUCAAUGGAUCUGCAGGCAACUCGCCGUAUGCUAUUGUCCCGUCCAGCCCAACCAUGGCGUCGUCAACCAGCCUGCCCUCAAACUGCAGCAGCUCCUCCGGCAUCUUCUCCUUCUCCCCGGCUAACAUGGUGUCGGCCGCCGUCAAGCAGAAGAGCGCCUUUGCCCCCGUCGUGCGACCCCAGAACUCGCCGCCUCCCACGUGCACCAGCGCCACCGCUAACAGCCUGCAAGAUCAGUCUUUUGUGGACUCGAGCAAGUACUCGUCAGCCAGCUCUCUGCAGGGCCUGGCCUUCUCCUGAACAGCGAUUCCGGGGAUGAUCGUCCCUCCCAUGUAGAGGGUCUGGAAAAGAGGAAGAACACGUCACAGUCGUAGCUGGCGGAGCUGAAGGGGAAGGAGAAACGCUUCAAAACUCAGGCCUUUCCACUUAUCUUUUUCGCCACGUGAUUUAUUUCCCUUUUUUUUGGUUGAAUUGUUGUAGCUUCUCUGACACCCCCCCCCCCCCACCC